GAUUUUAGUUAGGGUUUCUCGUACAAGCUCUCAUUUUCACUGUGCUUGCCUGCAGCCGCGCCAUAAUAGAGAGAGAGCUCGUCAACCAUGGCCGAACAGACCGAGAAAGCAUUUUUGAAGCAACCAAAAGUUUUUUUGAGUCGUUUCAGUUCGAAGAAAUCUGGGAAAGGAAAAAGGCCUGGAAAGGGAGGAAACAGAUUUUGGAAGAGUAUCGGUUUGGGCUUCAAGACUCCUCGUGAAGCUAUUGAAGGAACCUACAUCGACAAGAAAUGCCCAUUCACAGGCACAGUUUCCAUCAGGGGUCGAAUCUUAGCCGGUACCUGCCAUAGUGCCAAGAUGAUCAGGACAAUCAUUGUUCGAAGGAAUUACCUUCAUUUCAUCAAGAAAUACCAAAGGUAUGAGAAGCGCCACUCUAACAUCCCGGCACACAUUUCUCCAUGCUUCCGUGUGAAAGAAGGGGAUCACGUCAUUAUCGGGCAAUGCAGGCCGUUGUCUAAGACCGUGAGGUUCAAUGUUUUGAAAGUGAUCCCCGCCGGAUCAUCCGGCGGUGGGAAGAAAGCCUUCACCGGAAUGUAAGGUGGUUAUGGAGUAGAAGACAUUAACAAGUUCUUGAACCGUUAGAUUCAUUUUAAUGCAUGGUUGUUGAAUAGGCUUGAAUUUUUGGUUUCCCAGUACGAUCCUGUUUUCAAACAAUGAAUCUGUCACUUAUUAUGGUU